GAAAAGUCGAAAAGCUAUUGCAGACGUCUGAGAUUCUCGCGCUUAAACCGAACCAAAGUGGAUGUUACACAGCUAUAACAAAGCGGGUCAGCCUGAACUCUGAGCGGGUUUUUGUGUUCAGAACCACUAGCCUGACACGAAUCUAUAGUUUCAGUGUAACCUAACAGAAACGAGCAGAUUUACAGAAUCCCUGAUUAUUAAACAGGGCAUCCUACCGAUCUAACACUUCUGCCUGUGAAAUAAAUCUGAUGCAGUGUGAGAAUAAUUGUUGGAGGUCACAAGAAUAAUUAUUCAGAAAAGUGUAUUUAAAUCAGACCUGAUCAGACUAGUUUGAGUGGAAAACUGCUGCUUAUGACUGGUAAACAGGUUAGUAUCAGCUUCAUUAAUGAACAUCUUGCAGAAACAUAAAAACAGACUCUGUGUGCAGGCUGAGGCAGCAGAACCACACCAAUCCAGUUCAGAUCAGUCUGGCCUAAUCCAGCAGGUCCGGUCCAGAAUGGCCUCCCUGUUAAGACCACUGAGGAUUUUCUUUCCCGCCAGAUGCUGUGUUCCGACCCGUUUCUACUCAGGCUUCGUGUCCAGGAUGAGAUUCCUGAACAGUCUGAAGGAGUGUGAUGAGGCGUGUGUUGCAGCGCUGCAGAACGCUCACAUUUUCCUGUUUCAUCGGUUGGUUCCACUGCUGCAGCAGACUGGCCGAGGAAACUUAUCUCCAGUCUUUCUCACCUACUCAGAUGUUCAGUCUGUCCUGCAGAAACUUGGUUCUGACGAAUCCCUACUAAAAGAGUCCAUUCUGGUUGGCUGUUCAGAUCAGAACCAGGCUCAGUUCUGUCUGGAUGUUGGAGAACUGGAUCAGGCAGCAGUAGCAGAAGAAUUUAAAGGUUGCUUCAUGGACCUGAGGAAAGCUUUCUUCCUUCUGAAUGGAUCAGGGGCGCCUCUAGUGGCCAAGGCUCAGGCUCUGCUGCGCUGGCAUCAGAUUAACAGGUUCUGUGGUGCUACGGGUCAGCCGACCCAACGGAACCAAGCUGGUAGUCAGAGAGUUUGCAGCAGCAGCUCCAUCAUCUACUACCCAAAGAUGUCUCCAGUGGUGAUCGUCCUGGUGUCUGAUGGGAAACGGUGUUUGUUGGGCCGUCAGUCAUCCUUCCCUCGGGGGAUGUACAGUGCUUUGGCCGGUUUCUGUGACAUGGGGGAGACCCUGGAGGAGGCUCUAUGUAGGGAGGUGGCAGAGGAAGUGGGUGUAGAGGUCCAGAGCAUCUCCUACAGCUCCUCACAGCACUGGCCUUUCCCACACAGCUCUUUCAUGCUGGGCUGCCAUGCUACUGUUAGCCCCGCCCACACUCAGCUGAAUGUUGACCUCUCUGAGCUGGAGGACGCCCGCUGGUUCACUGUGGAGGAAAUCUCCAGCGGCCUGCAGGUGAAGACCACACCAAGGAGAGGUGACCCUCCCAGCUUCUGGCUGCCUCCCAAACACACUCUAGCCAAUCGCCUCAUCACAGAGUGGAGAGACCGCCAGCGAAACAGCAAGGACUCAAUGGGAUGAACAUGGCAAGAUGCCGACAACUUGUGCCUGACAGAGAUUCAUGAAAAACAGUCACAGGAACACAUUCCUUGUGUGUUCCUCAUGUUCCUGAAUCAUAAUCCCAACCUGUGUGCCUGAGACUAACUGAGACACUAGCUGUUCUACUGGUAAUUCAUAAUCUCAAAACCUUUCACACAUUUUGAAACAGAAGUUUCAACGUUUUUCUCGCAAAUCUGACAUUGUUUGAUAUUUCUGAGUCUCCUGAGCAGAACCAGAACAUCUGCUGUUUCUGUAAAGAAGAUUUAAAUCCUUUUUCAUGUGGAGAGAAUUAAAUGGCUUGAAUAGGA